AUGCCCGGUUAUGCAAAAAUGAUGAAGGACUUGAUAUCCCGUAAGUUCGACUUCCAAGACUUGGCAACUGUCACAUUGACACAGACCUGUAGUGUUAUUGUGUCAAGACCUAUAGCUGAGAAGUUAUCUGACCCUGGAAGCUUCACAAUUCCAUGCACCAUAGGUAGCUAUGCAUUUGCCAAGGCAUUGUGUGAUUUGGGAGCAAGUAUAAAUCUGAUGCCAUUGUCUAUCUAUAAAAAGUUAGGCAUUGGAAGAGCAAGACCCACAUCCAUGUUACUACAGUUAGCUGACCGAACGGUAAAAAAGCCAUCAGGUAUACUUGACGAUGUAUUUGUACAAGUUUGA